AUGAUAGAGUGUCUAGUUGAAGGCGGCGGCGGCGGCAUUGUUGCUGCCAAGAUGAACCUAAGCCUGAAGAACUGGCGAGUCCCCUAUUGGCUCAUUGCAGGUUGCGUGAUCGUCAUGACCAACCACAUCCACGCUGCCCCAAAGUUUAUCCCUCCAGAGCUAGCUAUGUUCGCAUUAUUCCUAUGUGGCACUGGCCUCGUGUUCCUCGCCAUGAUGAAGAUGAUGUGA